AAUUUAUUGGCGCGGCUACUCUCACAAUUCGCUACCUAUACGUGUGCUGUUAACAUUCAAAUUACUCAGUCAUCUGUCAUACCUUAUUAGUCACCGCAUAGAAGUAGCUCAAAAACCACCACCCAAUAAUUAGAUUAAAAUGACCAUUGGGGUUAUGGAAGAACGUAACCAAGACGCCACAAUUUAUGUUGGUGGACUGGAUGAGAAAGUCAACGAAUCAAUCCUUUGGGAGCUUUUCCUUCAGGCAGGGCCAGUGGUUAAUGUACAUAUGCCUAAGGAUCGAAUAAACAUGCAGCACCAAGGCUAUGGAUUUGUAGAGUUCAUGACGGAAGAAGAUGCCGACUACGCUAUGCGUAUAAUGAAUAUGAUCAAAUUGUAUGGGAAGCCUAUCCGUGUGAAUAAAGCUUCGGCAAAUCAGAAAAAUCUUGACAUAGGUGCCAACAUCUUCAUUGGUAAUUUAGACCCUGAGGUGGAUGAAAAGCUGUUAUAUGAUACAUUCAGUGCAUUCGGUGUCAUACUUCAAACACCUAAAAUUAUGCGUGAUCCUGAAACAGGGAAUUCUAAAGGCUAUGCGUUUAUUAAUUUUGCCAGUUUCGAGGCUAGUGAUGCAGCGAUUGAAGCGAUGAACGGACAGUACCUAUGUAAUCGAGCUAUCACUAUAUCAUACGCGUUUAAGAAAGAUAGUAAAGGUGAACGUCAUGGUUCAGCUGCGGAACGUUUGUUAGCUGCACAAAGUCCCCUUUCUCAAGCUGAACGUCCGCAUCAGCUGUUUGCAGAUGCCCCACCACCUCCACCCCCACCACCUCCACCAACCUUGCUUGCAGGAAAUAUGGCUCACUCAGUCCCAACUAUGUCGCCGAUUACAAUACCUGCAGCAUCUCUGGUCAUGCCACCACCACCACCACCCAUUCAGACGGCUUUAAUGGGAUUCGGUCAGUCUGUUGUACCCGGUUCAAUGCCACCACCACCUCCUCCUCCGCCUCCACCAAUCUUACCUGUGCUUGUUGCUCCUGCCGCCCCAACAUCUUUUCCACCUCCUCCACCUCCACCUUCACCGUCAGCUGGUUUCCCUGCGCCACCACCACCUCCUAGAUUUCAGGGAUUCCCACCACAAGCUCCCGUGCCAGAACAGCCAUGGCAGUCUGCAGGAUCUGCUGGCCUUCCACCAUCGUCUAGUGCUCCUGCUCCUACACCUACACCAGCUGCUUAAGAACAGUGUUACUUGAUAUUUGUUUAAAAAUAUAUCAAAUGCAAUUUUUCACAAA